AAUUACACAAGUAACAAAGAGUAAACUGAACUUAAAUUUUCAUAAUUCUACAUUUCUACCAAAUAAGGAACCAAAAUCACCUUGUUGUAACUUCCUCUCUAUGGUGUUCGGGCUGAAUAGAUUAUGAUCUUUGUGUAUCAGUCGAUCCUAAAAAAAAGUAUCUAGCCAUAAACAACAAGCCGUCAUGUUGUCUGACACCUGACUUUUUAGUUGCAUACACAAAUUUAUCUAAUUCGACGUUUUGUAAUCAAAAACGUCCACUACAAAGCUUAUUAACCGAGAGACGGAUGAGUUGAGCUUACAGCAGUAUAUCAUUCUAUAAUGGGAAUGGUGUAUGAACGCUUAGAAACGCGUCUAUACUUAAAGUGAGGUGUCACGUCUAAUCGGGGCUUCUCUAGCGGCCGACUCCAUGUAUAAUAACAGGAUAAUAUGAUAACAUGGCUGUGCAAUCAGACUCUGGAGGGAAGGACGACGUGAAGACACAGUUCGUGACGCGGGAGGGGACAUAUCGCUUGAUGACUUUGUCGGAGUAUUCGAGGCCUAAUCGAGUGGGUUAUACAAGUGGUUCUGGGUCCUCCCAUGUCCGCGUGUCGCUGGUCAGCCUGCCGCCGGGUCCGGGCAGCGGGGCCCCCGGCUCCGACGGACAAGGCUCUGACGACAGGAUAUGUUUCAACCAUGGCAAAGAACUUUAUGUUUAUGUGUAUAGAGGUGUUAAAAAGGGAAUGUCAUUAUAUUUCACACUUCCUCGGCAGGCAGCAGAUCUCACGAAGCCCGUUGACAAGAAGAUGUACAAAGGCACGAACCCUACAUGUCACGACUUCAACACAGUCACGAUGACACCGGACAGUGUGUCCUUAGUUAUAGGAUUUUCUACCGGCCAAAUACAACUCAUAGACCCUAUUAAGAAAGAAUUAAGUAAAUUGUACAAUGAAGAGAGACUGAUCGACAAAACAAGAGUGACGUGUAUAAAAUGGGUGCCAGGCUCUAGCAACCUGUUCAUAACGGCGCACGCGUCCGGCCAACUGUACGUGUACAACGAGGAGCUGACGUGCGGGACCACGGCGCCGCACUACCAGCUGUUCAAGCAGGGCGACGGCUACUCCAUCCACACGUGCCGGACCAAGUCCACCCGCAACCCGCUCUACAGGUGGGUCAUAGGCGCAGAAGGCAGCUGUAUAAACGAAUUCGCCUUUUCCCCCUGCGGAACCAAUUUAGCUGUAGUCUCCCAAGAUGGUUUCCUUCGAGUAUUCCAUUACGACACGAUGGAACUCAUCGGCAGAGCUCGAUCCUACUUUGGUGGGUUUCUCUGUGUCUGCUGGUCCCCAGACGGCAAGUAUGUCGUUGUUGGCGGAGAAGAUGACCUUGUUACUGUGUGGUCGUUCAACGAAAGGCGAGUCGUCGCGCGAGGGCAGGGCCACAGGUCGUGGGUCUCCGUCGUCGCAUUCGACCCCUACGUCGUCAGUUUUAGCGAACCCGAAAGCGAAGAAGGCGUCGAAGACGACAGACAGAAAAGUGAAAGCGUGCAGUGUUAUAGGUUAGGCAGUGUAUCGCAGGACACGCAACUGUGCUUGUGGGAUCUCACCGAGGACGUGUUGAAGCCGCCCGUCAGAGCGCGGGCCUCGGCACACCUCUCCCCUAAUAGUCAAACGUUUUCUCCUAACGGAGUACCCGGUAUGAAAGUGCCAGCGCCGAAAGGUGCUAAAACAAAUAAAAUAGGACAUAAGCACGCCGAGUUGAGCGCGACGAACGCGGCGGGCGAACCGUCCGGCGCUAAACAAACUAAAACGAAAGUGAACAACGUCUCAACACUCAACAUUAGUGUGGGAAAGGCGAAAGAGGAAACUUCGGGUUCACUCGGAGUAAACUCCCUGACGCAAAGGCUGGCUGGGUUUUCUUUCGGCGAGCGUCGGUCUGAGCAUCGUAGAAACUUUAGUUUAACAUCAAAACCAGCGGAGCAAAAGUCUUCGGCGUCGAAUAGUGUGGCGUUGAGAGGGAAGUCCGCGGGCGCGCAGUCGAACGACUCGUACGACCCUCUGAAGCUGAUCGGCACGCCGUCGUGUCCGCGCUUCGACGAGUGCCCGGUGCUGGAGCCGCUGGUGUGCAAGAAGGUGGCGCACGAGCGGCUGACGGCGCUGCUGUUCCGCGCCGAGUACUUCGUGACGGCGUGCGCGGACGGCGGCGUCAACACGUGGGCGCGGCCCGCGCGCGCGCACAACGGCGACGCGCGCCCCGCUCGCCGCUUCGACCGCAUCGACCUCGUGGACUAGGCCUCGCCCCACCGCUGCGAACACCCACCAUCUUAGUCUAUUCCAAAUCGUUGGACUCGCCCCUAACUCCUCAUUUGUGACAAAAGUUCUUUACGUCCUUUGUCAAGACUAAAGCAAUCCGAUCUAACUAAUACUUUGGGCGCCAUAGCUAGCUCUAAUUUCAUGUUUUCAAAAUAUCGCAUUUAGGUUGUAAAUUGUUAUUGGAAUCGUUAUGUAGUUAAAUUACUGUUAUUUUAUAAUGCUGGCUACAAUAUCGGCGGCAAACAUAUUUAGAAUAGACCAAGAUGUUAAAGUUUCGUUGUUUUAAAAUACUCCCGGUUGUAUGCAGCGGUAAUGCUGAUUGUUAGUUAAAGUUUGUGUUGAGUGGUGUUCGCGUGCUAUUAUUCCAUGUUAGACACAUUGUUGGGAAUGCGUGUGAGUGUUAUGUCGUGUCCUGGAGCUCUCCUGUGUAUGCCAACUCAGUGUAUGUUUAUGUAUUCCCGGAUCGCAGCCAAAGAUUAUUAGACUAGGCUUAGAAAACUUUUGAAAUGUUUGCACUAAUUUUGUAAGUGUCUCUUUCUGGUUACGACACUUUAUUUCUACGCGAAUCUGGGAGUUGAAACGUAGCUUAAAUGUUCUGGUGUUCAUAUCUCGGGGUCUAGGCACCGUAGACUCAGGCGCCUUUUGUCUUGUAUGGCAGCAAAUGGUUGUAAGAGGUGCUAGAAUACCGUAUCGGAGAAUAGAUCCCAUAUUUUUGAGGGUGUUUUCUAAUUACUGCACGCGGGAAACGGGCAAUCAAAACAGUUAGGUACCUUCACUAAGCCAUCUCUAUUGCAUUUUUUCUAGAUGUGACUUUAGGCAGAUCAUUGCUGAGGUUUUGUAUUGAUAAGUGUUGGACCUCUGCUCUCGUGUGCUACACUACACACGAAUCUGUUACUAAAUUGUGAAUUGUGAUACUCCCGUAUAGUUUGACGAUCUGUCCUAAUAAUUAUAGUACCUACUUGAUAGUGAAUAGAUACAGACUUAAAUAUUGUUAAUAUUACAUUGAUAGUUCUAUCGAAAUGUUUUCAAUGAUAAAUAGAAUAGUUUAAUCUGGGCAUCGGCGUUCUGUUCUUAACUAAGUCAUGGAUACAGGAAAGUUCCAGUCGUGGUGGGGUUCCACUGAGCAUUUUUAGUGUUAUAAUGAAUAUACGAUGAAAAUAAAACAGUUUAGAUAACAAUAGAUAUGAGAUUCGUAACUAUGUAUAGAGAAAUGUAUAUUGUAAUUAAGGAAAACGAUUUUUUUCUCGGCUCACUUGUGUAAAUAUAGUUGGUAGGUUAAGCGAUCUGAUCGCUUCAUAUACGCAAAGAACGCACUCGUGCGCUUUCACAUUAAAGCUAUUUAUUACGAUUUUUUUUAUCGAUUUAAAUGUUGUUGCAUCGAUUGACGCGUCUGUAAGACUUGCAGAGUUUAAUCGUUUAACUAUUUUUUUUUAAUAUUGUGAGACUCUUAUAAGUUGUUAAUUAUUUAGGAAUUAGUUGUUAGUGUGUAGCUUAGUGAAAUUAUUUCAUCAUAGAUCAAUGUUUGGUUCUAUAAUUUUGCUCUCGUUAGAUAACUUGCAAACAAGGGCGCGGGUUUGGGUUUAUGGAUACAUGCUUCGAUUAAUCAAGUUAAAUUUAAAAAGGAAAUCCAUAAUAUGAUAAAAAAAAAAAAACGAUUUCAACUCAACGAUUUCAUAAAAAAAAUACUUUUGUUUUGAGGAUACACAAAGCAAUUAAAUUUUUACAAUAUAUUUAAAUAAGUGGCAAAUUGCAAGCCUGAUUCCACGUUUCCUCAGUCCAAAUCCGCGCUUCAAAUAAUAUUCCUAAUUUAAAUUUAGCUCUUCACACUUGUCCAUGCUAAUUGCAAGUAAAUAAAUAGCAAAAAAAUAAAUAACGGUAUAAGAACUGUUACAGCAAUGCAAUAGCUUAGUAACGAAAUAACUAAAGUCUAUUAUAUUCGCCUAAAUUAUUUGUUACAAUUAAAUUUUAUAGUCACUAUUAUUUAUGUGUAUAGCGUAUAACGUUUUUAUUUUAAUUCUAAAAAUCAAGUUUAUAAACGAUACGACGUUAUUUGUGGCACCGUUAAUAACAGUUUAUUUAAAAUAACGUUUAAGAAUAGCUGUUAUGCAUGUUCCAAUGUUAAAGUGUCAUUUUCGACUGUAUUAUAAAGAAAUAUUUUCAUUUUCGUGGCCUUAUAAGUGUUACUUACUGUUUGUAUCUGGCUGCAAUCAAACUUGCCUUUUUACGUAUAUCAGUUAAUUUUAAUAAGUUUGUAAUAAAGACAGUGGUGAAUGGAAUCAGACCUACUUGGACCCAGUUGGCCAACAUGGCCGAUUUGUGAACGUGUUAAUUAUAUUUUGGCCAAUGUUGGUCAUAGAAUCAGUUUUGCGCUCGUGCGCGCCGUGAUUUUGCAUCAUAAUGACAUAAUUACAACUGCUGUCCAUAAGUAGGGCCGCUAAUGAGCCAUUAAGUCAAAUGAUACGUUUUGAGUACUUUGACCUGUUUAUGUAUAGAUGUUUUGAGACAGUGUUCAAGUAUUCUUUUGUAAGAAAAACUAUGGAAACAUGUGAUACCACGACGCGCACUUAGCCUCUAAGAUGAUCAUAAAUACUUCGUAUCAAUUUUUACCAUAAUUUAUAAAUAAAUACAUGAAUGUUUUUAUUCGGAAUGCGAACUCGUUCCUGUGAACGCUACCAGUCACUUUGCCAGGCAAGCAGCUACUCUGUCUGUUAGAAUGAGCCAUUUGUAAGUUUUAAUUUCAUACUUAAUAAUAGGUUGUGCUCAUAGUUAUAAUUUUAGCCUUUGAACAAUGAUUGUUGUGCUGUUUUGACAGUUUGCGAUGAAUAAACAAGUUAUUUGAAGAUGCUUUAAUGAGAAGGCUUCGGUGCCUUGCAAUAUUAUAAUGUUGCCAACAUAAGCCAGUGUUAUUGCAUUUAAUUUCGUGUGAUACUCGGUUUAAAUGGUGUAUAAUUCCUAUAAUUUAUUAGUGAAAUUAACGAGACUGGUUAUAAGUGGAAAACUUAAGAGAUUGAUGUUUAAUGUAAAUUAUUAGCAAAAUAUACACCUCGCAUGCAGUCAAAACAGCGCCGGAUUAAUACUGUAUUUAUAUUUUAUUUCAAUGAUGCAUUGUACACUAUAUAUGGAACUUUUUGGAAUUUCUAUUGCACUUUUUGCCUCGCGUAAUGUAAGGCCAAUUUUCCUAAUUGAAUUAAAAAGACAUGGUCAAUGUUGCUAUACGCGAGGCAUACCUACAAUAAUACCUCUAAAAUAAUGAUGGAAAGGUUUCUGGCUAUAAUGUUUUUAAAUCUAUUGAGAUUCAUUAUUUGUGUUCAAAACAUGUUGAAUUCUCAGUUUUGUAUUUGCGGGACUAAUGUUAUUUACUCUGCUUUAUUAUAAGCUCUUACCUUAUUUAUUUUAACCGAAAUUUUGUUAAAUACAAACAACCCUCAAAAAAUGCAUUAAAUAAAUACAGAAUCUAUAUAAUAUUUCUCUAGUAAUUUUCUACUCCAGUAUUCAACAGCAGAGUGUCAUUUUCUAAUGUUUUGCUCCAUUUCUACAUAUCCACAUGAAUUUACUGUAAAUACCUCAUAUUUCCAACAAUGAAAUAUAUUUAUUAUGUAAAUCACAAUUAGCACGCAUUCCCUUUUCAACAAAGCUUCAUACAGAAAUCGUGAUAUGUGUAACGCGGUGUAAUUAACAUUGGUCCCGCUGUCAAAUGACCGACACACAAUUAUAUGAUGUUUAAUUAUUAUUAAUUUAUUGGAGUUCUUUGUUCAAUAAUAGUGAGACACGAAUUACAAGCCUAUCAAGUUAAUAUUUAAAUAGAGGAUUCUCUUUAUA